AGAUUUUAAUAGUUAACUAAAUAGAUCAAUGUUAAUUGGUAUGUUGAAUUGAAAGAUAUAUCGAUCAUCUUCUUUUUACAUAUUUUGCCCCUAGCAAAGUGAUCAAGGCCUUUUAGAAUUCAAUAAUUUGGUGGUUUUUUCUUUCCCCACCAAGUUUUGUCUCUAAUAUAUUAUCAGUUGCAGAACAAGUGUGAGGAGAUUACUAAAUUAAAGGCUAAAUACAAAACUCUGCAACUUACUCAAAUGUUAUAUUGUGGCUCUAUGUCAUGCAUAUUUAGGUUGGAUUAAUUCAGCUUUCCUUUUUAUUGUUUGUACUUUUAACUAAUUUAUAUGCUCUAUAUAUAUAUUCAGGCAUUUGCUUGGAGAAGAUCUUGGGGGACUUGGUGUGAAAGAGCUGCAAAAUCUUGAGAAACAACUUGAGGGAGCUCUUGCAUUGACCAGACAAAGGAAGGUAUAUCACUAGCAUUUAGCCCCAUGCCUUAAUUAGGAAAAUCGAUGUAUAAUAGUACACUAGUUUUAUUAUCAUUUUGCUUCAUGCAUGUUAAGUAUCUAUUCUUCACUGCAGACACAGAUUAUGAUAGAAUAAAUGGCACAACUUCGGCAAAAGCUGAAUGCAGAAGGACAUAGUUUCAGAACAAUCCAAGGCUUAUGGAGUUCUGGUGCAGCAGCUGGAAGUAGCAACUUCCCUAUCCAUCCAAAUUACCCCAACUCUAUGGACUGUGAUACUGAACCUGUCUUACAACUGGGGUACCAUCACUAUGUUCAGGCUGAAGGUUAAUAUGUUCCGAAAUGCAUGGCUGGUCAAACCAACUUCAUCCAAGGAUGGGUCCUCUCAGCAAUCUAAACCAAAACAUUAAUUAAUUAGCAUGGUAACUCUAAGUAUUAUAUUUAUUGGUAAGAAAGUAUUGUUUUAUAAAUAAGGAUUAAGAGUCGAAUCCUAGGGUUAAUACUUAAAAAAAUUAAUUUUUUUAAGUGCAACAAGCCAAUGUAGAGAUGCACCCUUCCUCUUUGUUUGGAUUGAUAGAUUUGGAGGGAGAGAGGAGAGUGAGAGGCAGAUGUCUCCCUUACUUUGUUUUUCUUAUGGAGAGGGAGGGAGAUGGAGGGGUGAUAAGCCUCCUCCAGUCCUUUGUUUUUUUUUUCCCUCCAAAUAUUUUAUUGUAUAUUUAAAAAAAAUUUUAAUUACAUAAAAAUAUUUUGUUUUCCUCUCCUCUACUUUCAUCUAUUUAAACAAGAUUAAUAUCAACUUUUCUCUUCCCUUCACUUCUCCUCCCUCUCCUUCUUUUCCCUUUACUAAUUUUUAUGCAAAACAAACCCUUACGGUAUGUUUAGUUCGGGGGAUGGGAGGAGUAAAAAUUCCUCUUAUUAGCAAAAAAUUUGGAGGGGAAGGGAAUUCUUUAUUUUAUUUUUGCAAAUGAAAGGAGGGGAAAGGAAAGAAAUAGAAGGAUGUUAUAUUAUUCCAUUUCCCUCUCCUUUCCUCUAUUUUUCUUAAACUAAAUACACUACUAAGAUUACU